UGACAGCGUAUGUCGUUCAUGUGACUGAUGUGAUACAAAUAACUAUAAUAAAUAAGUAAUAAGUAUUUAUUUAAAUCGAAUUAAAGGUGAAUAAUAAAUAAUAGAUCAAAAUGCAAACAAUGGAGGAAAUAAUGAAGUUGGAUUUAUACGCUUUUAUUGGGGCAGAAACCACUGCCACAAUUCAGGAGAUAAAAAAGGCAUAUCGCAAGAAAGCGCUCUCCUGCCAUCCAGAUAAAAACCCGGACAACCCGAAAGCAGCCGAAUUGUUUUUACAACUUUCGAAAGCUCUAGAGAUUUUAACUGACACUGCUGCCAGGGCUGCAUACGAUCGAGUCGUAAAUGCAAGACUACAGGCAAAGCUCCGGACGAAACAGCUCGACGCGAAGCGUCAAAAAUUAAUCGAAGAGUUAGAAGCUCGCGAGGCAGCGGCUCGAAAAGGUCCAAGUAUUAGUGACGAACAAAAACUAAAGGCCGAGAUAGAUCGACUUCAAAGGGAAGGUUCACGCCAAUUAAAAGAAGAGCAAGAGCUUAUGCGGCAAAAAAUUUUGGAAGAAUUGGUUAAAGGAAAAUCAGAAACUGAUGACGAAACUUUAUGUAGAAUCAAAUUAAAGUGGAAAGUAGAGAAAACUGACACCACUAAUGGAGGAUAUAAUUACGACACACUCCACAAGAUGAUGUCAAAGUACGGUGAAAUAGUUGCGCUUGCCGUUUCGGGAGGAAAAAAGGGGAGAGCUCUAGUCCAAUUUAAAAAUAAAGAAGCAGCGGAAAUGGCCGUUCAAGUAGAAAUAGGACUCGCCCAUAAUCCUCUCGUUCUCGAUGGCCUUUGGCAUUCGAAAAAGUCUACGAAAGCGGCCGCAAACAGUAUACCUACCAAAACACCAACAUCUGAAAUGUUUCCCUCCGCCCCUCAAACGACCAAGACCGCAUCGUCUUCGUUUCUCAGUUUCUCAUCGGCUCCUGACAUAUUUACUACACCAAGACAAGUGUCUGACACUGAUUUCGAGGACGCAGUCCUUACGAAUUUGCGGAGAGCACAAGAGCGAAAAAGGCUCAUGGAGGAAAUUCGUGCCGAAGACGAAGGAGACCAGGAGGUAGGUUGAAGAAAAUUUUCAGAGCUCGAGAAGUCGAAAACUCGAUAAAGGGCCAAAUCAGCACAAAGCUCGAGAAGCACAAACUUGGAAGGAAGUGUGGACCUUGAAAACGGAAAAUGGAGUGGACUCAAGAAAAAAAAAAAGGUCGAAGGAUUCCAAAGUCUCAACUUGAGAUAACAAGUAAAAUUCCUAGAUUAGACAAAAAGAAAUGUGAUAUUUUCAUUUAUUUUUCAACUCCAGGCGAAACUCAUCGUUUCAUUUUCGUGCGAAAUUAAUUUUAUUGUAUAAAAGAACU